AUUCUAGAGGUGUUUAAAAAAAAUCAACACAAGGCAUUAUUCGCUGGUGGAUAGCAGACGUUGAUGGUCAUGCCGAAAAAUUGCUGGGUAACCGUUUGGCUCCUGGCAGGGACAUUGGCUUUCUCCUCAGCACAGACGUGCGUAGAUGACCCAACCUUCGUACAAACAAACGGACAGACUUGCGCACAACUGAUCUCUACCCAAGGUAGACGCAGAUGCUACAAUGCGACGAUCGAGAGCCUAUGCUGUGCAACGUGUACGGCACAACAAACUGGUAUCCAAGGAUGCAUGUACGGUGAUCAGUUACCAGGAUGCGUAGCGUUUUUGUGCCCUUCUAUCAUAAACCAAUUGGGUGAAUGCUGUUUGACGUGUGUAUUUACGACAACUACAACUCUUAUGCCAACAACAGCAAUGACAACAGAACUUACACCACCAACAACACUCACAACAACAACAAUGACAACAGAAUUUACACCAUCAACAACACUCACAAUAACAACAAUGACACAAACAACCACAAUGACACCAACAACAACACUGACACCAACAUCAACUCCGACACCAACAACAACACUGCCACCAACAACAACACUGACGUCUACAACAACACCGACACCAACAACAACACUGACACCAACAACAACACUGACACCAACAACAACAAUGACACCAUCAACAACACUUACACCAACAACAACACUGACACCAAUAAUAACACUGACACCAAUGACAACACUGACACCAAUAACAACAAUGACACCAACAACAACACUGACACCAACAACAGCUAUGUCACCAACAACAACACUGACAUCAACAACCACUAUGACACCAACAACAACACUUACAACAACAACAACACUGAUAUCAACAACCACUAUGAAAGCAACAACAACAAUGACACCAACAACAACACUGCCACCAACAACAACACUGACACCAACAACAACACUGACACCAACAACAGCUAUGAAACCAACAACAGCUUUGACACCAACAACAACACUGACAUCAACAACCACUAUGAUACCUACAACAACACUGACUCCAACAACAACACUGACAACAACAACAACUCCGACACCAACAACAACACUGCCACCACCAACAACACUGACGUCUGCAACAACACUGACACCAACAACAACACUGACACCAACAACAACACUGACACCAACAACAACACUGACACCAACAACAACACUGACACCAACAACAACACUGACACCAACAACAGCACUGACACCAACAACAACACUGACACUAACAACAACAAUGACAGAUAUAUCCACUAUGAAGCCAACAACUAUUAAGACGCCAACAACGAGUAUGAAGCCAACAACCACUUUGACGCCAACAAUUACUAUUACGUCUACAUCCACUAUGACACGAACAACCACUAUGACGUCAACACCCACUCUUACACCAAAAACCACAAUGACGUCAACACCCACUCUUACACCAAAAACCACUAUGACACCAACAACCACUAUGACACCAACAAUAACUAUGAAAAAAACAACCACUAUGACAACAACAACCACUAUGACACCAACAACCACUAUGACAUUCACAACCACUAUGAAUCCAACAACCACUUUGACAACAACAACAACUAUGUCAUCAACAACAACUAUGACGCCAACAACCACUAAGACGCCAACAUCCACUUUUACACAAACAACCACCAUGACACCAACAAGCAAUAUGACACCAACAAGCACAAUGACAACAACAACCACCAUAAUACCAACAACCACUAUGACACCAACAACCUCUUUGACACCAACAACCACUAUGACAACAACAACCACUAUGACACCCACAACUACAAUGACACCAACAACCACUAAGACACCAACAACAACUAUUACACCAACAACCACACUGACAACAACAUCCACUGUGACACCAACAACCACUAUGACAGCAACAACCACUAUGACGCAAACAACCACCAUGACACCAUUAACCACUAUGACACCAACAUCUAGUAUGACGCCAACAACCACUAUGACACCAACAUCCACUGUGACACCAACAACCACUAUGCAAUCAACAACCACUAUGACGCCAACAACCAUAAUGACGCCAACAACCAUUAUGACGCCAACAACAAUUACGACGUCGACAACCAAUAUGACACCAACAACCACUUUGACGCCAACAACCACUUUGACACCAGCAACCACUAUGUCUCCAACAACCACUAUGACGCCAACAACCACCCUGACGCCAACAUCCACUCUUACACCAACAACCACACUGAUAUCAACAACCAUACUAACGCAAACAGCAACACUUGAAUCUACAACCACUUUAACAUCAACAUCAAAAUUUACAUCAACAACCAUACUGACACCUACAACAACAUUGAAACCAUCAACAACUUUGGCAACAACGACAACAAUGACAACAACAACCACCAAGAAGACACCAAGAAACCCCCAAAAAGGCUUUAAAUGUGGAAAAUACCUUUCUGUAAAAUGUCAAACGAGGCCCCAACAUACGGGACAAUGCUGCUAUGAUUGGAAGAAGCAAAAAGGCUACCGUAAGAAACGAUGUAUCGUGGAAGGAAGCAAGUAUAAACACGGUCAACCUAUCCCUGACCCAGAUCCGUGCAGGCAAUGUGUGUGCACACGUGGACGGGUCACGUGCCGGAAAGUGUUCUGCAAAAAGAACUCAUGCGACAAUUGAUUGGCCCAUCCAUAAAAAAAUCUUUAAACAAAAACAAACCAAUAUACUGACAUGUGCAAUUUUAUAUCUUGUGUCCACUUGACUUGAUGAAAACAUUUUUGCCUAGGAAACAAAUGCUCAAAUAUUGACAUUUGCAAAUGGACGUCCAGAUUUCAUCUUUAAAACGUUCAAUACCAGCCAAACAACAUGUUUUUUGUGUAAUAUGAUAAUAUUCAGUAAAUUAAUCAAUUCAAAUUAUGGUGAAUGAAAAUAGCCUUGACAUAAGGGUUUAUAUUGCUUAAUUGUGUGUUAUGUUAUAACAAAGACAUAAUGUUCAAAAUAAUAUGUGUGAUUUAAUUAUUAAUGACAUGAUAAACUGAAUAAACGGUUAUGGUUUGAA